UGAUCCUUGCCAGUCCUCGUCACGGUAUCAAUCGAACAGCUUGGGUCACGGGACGGUGGUAUUCCCUGUCCCUGUCGGACGAGAUAACUCGAUGCACGUCCGUUGAAAUUCGCGUCUGACCAUCUUGGACCAUCUUGGACGAGCAGACGCUGUCAGUCGAGACGCGACUCCGUGGAAAGAUUCUGUGAUAGACAGUGAUAGACCAGCCAGGACACUGGGGAUGUGUCGGUUGCGCGAGAGUUUCGGGAUCUUAGAAGGUGUGCGAAGCCGAUCCGUCUAGAUCAACGAAUGGUGAGAUUGACGAGGUCACCUGACCCGGAACCGGAUGAUCGAGAGUUUUAACUCUUCUGACUAGAUCGAACUGGUGAUAUCGAACUCUCUAGACCCUGAAAGGAACGAUUGAACUACCUGUGGUGCCGAAAAUCGUCUAUUUCGAGGACCACGUGAUUGGAGGUUGAGUUGUCGAGGAGGUGCUGUGCUUCGUUGUUUGCCACCGGUUGGAGGUGACUCGGCGAUCAUCGAGUAUGAGAACAGUGAUAGUUCCCUGUCAAUGGAACGGCGCGAAGCGAUUGCUACGUCAACAGAGACCGAUUAAAUAGAGAUUCCGUGGGCGAGCGAUCGAUUGGAAGAGGAUCAGAGACAGAGAGCCGAGAUGUCGUCGAAAACACUUCACAAUGAGCACAUCAAACGGCCGAUGAACGCGUUCAUGGUGUGGUCCCGCGGACAGCGACGGAAAAUGGCCCAGGAAAACCCGAAGAUGCACAACUCGGAGAUCUCGAAGAGGCUUGGCGCCGAGUGGAAGCUGCUCAGCGAGAGCGAGAAGCGACCUUUCAUCGACGAAGCCAAACGACUUAGAGCCCUCCACAUGAAGGAGCACCCGGACUACAAGUACCGGCCCCGCAGGAAGCCGAAAUCCCUCGUGAAGAAGGAGAACAAAUUCGGCUUCUCGAUAUCGCCCCUGAUGUCCUCAGGUGAAACCUUAGGCAACAUAUCGAGAGGCCUGUUGCCACCUCUGGCGCCCCCGUCGCAUCACGCGCUGAUGAGCCACGAGGAUCUCAAGAUCCCCCGUUUUUUCCCGCCCUUUCCGUAUCCACUUUACCCCAUCCAGCACAAGCUGGGCGAGGAGUUCAACGGCGGCAAAUUAGCGGCGGAUUUGGCCUUUCAGGCCCUCUACGGGGGCAGUACUUUCUACUCGAGCCAUCAGACCAUGUCCUGGCCGAGUUUAUCGACUGCAGCCUGCCUCCAGCCGAACUGCGGCUGUCCCAGUCCGCCCAAGGACCCGAAGAGGUCUUACCUAGCCACCAAAUUGGAGGAGAGACCGUUCCCGAGUCCUGGAAAACCGGAGGACGACGGUUUCCCAUCGGACAGAGACUCCAGCAGGGAGGAGUCUCGGUACAGAAAGAUGGAGGACGACGGGUUCUCGUCCUCCGUGGACAGACACCACGAGGACAGGUCUCAGGACCGAUUUUCUUCGUCCUCGUCCUCCUCUCCCACCGAACAGACGGAAAAAGUAGCCAGCAGCGGUCCCACGACGACGUCCACGACGUCCACGAAGGUGGAGAGCGCCUUUUCCGUUCAGAAUCUGACCUCAUCCAGCUCGACCUUGGGCGCUCACCGCGGGCACGUCAUAUGAAGACCGCUUCCGGUUCUCCCGGAUCUAAACUUCCGUGGGAACCUGGUACCAGCCGGAUGGCCGACCACGGACUGGUGGAGAGUCCCACCGAUGCUGUCGCCAAUCCCCCAGGCUACCGUCACGAACCUCAACGCUCUGGCGAAGGACGACGACGUCCAGUUCCAGGACGAUCAGCAGAGGACCCCAGUCAGAUCGAGAAACCUGCACGUCGCCAACGUGCAGUGAUCCUUGGCGUUGGAAGGCGUUCGGGGGAAGAGGCCUCCUCGUUCAGUUACAAGUUGCGCGUGGAGAUUGGGGAACGACGUGGAGAUUCCAGGAAUGUAGAGUGGACUGGAAGGUAGAGUGGACUUGGUACGAUCGUGUGGACGGAUGUUUUGGACUAGGAGACAGUUGGAAAAGGAAGAUCGAUCCUGGGGGAUGUGAUAAUUAUAGAUCUCUAGCGUCAACCUUGUUAUUGUGAUUUUUCAAAGCUUUGAUAGACCUAGAAAGCAGAGCCGACGUCAUGUUUCUCCACGACGAUAACGUCACAGUUCUGUUUAAUGUCAUCGUUUUGUUACUGUUCUGUUACUGUUACUAUUUUCGAUAGUAGCUCAAAGCUUUAAAAGACCAAGUAGGCAGAGCUGACUAGGCGAGUAGUCGACAUUUACGAACUGAGCUGAGCUCGAUUCGAUUGAUCGAGCCGAGUCGAGUGUUUGAAAAUUCCGAGCUACUGGAAAUCGACGAACUGUUUGAAAAAGAAUGCGAACUACUCGAAAAAAUCAGACUUCAAGUAACUCGGAAUUUUCAAACACUCGACUCGGUUCGACAGACCAUUCAUUACUUGACUCGAAAUUCCAACCAAGCUCAAGGUUAGGUCCUGUUCCUCCAUGACGAUAAUGUUACAGUUUUGUUUAACGUCAUCAUUGUUACUGUGAUUUUUGGUAGAAACUCGAAGCUUUGAAAGUCACGCGUGAAAGCGAAGAACGCGUUCCUUCGAUUCUUUUCUUGGUCACUUUAGCUUUCCAGAUGAAAACUCUGAGACUCUGCCACUAUAAUAUCGUCCAAUAUCAGUGAUGGGCAAAACCCUAGACUUCGAAUAAAUCUAAAGUUUGUCAACAUAUUUGUCUCGUUUCCUCUUUCGAAUAUUUUCCAAAAAAGGAAACAAGACAAAUACGUUGACAAACCUUAGAUUUAUUCGAAGUCUAGGGUUUUGCCCAUCUCUGUCCAAUAUUGCCUCCAUUCCUCGACCAAUCGACGCGUUUCACGGUAUACCAGCUUCCCAACUUCGAAAAAUCCGACAUCUCGCACGCAACACUCAAACAAAAACUCCCUUUUCUUGAUACAUCGACUCGAAUAAAACAGGCUCUGCAUAAUUCUUAAAAAAAUCACGCGAAUCUCCAGAAAAACCUGUUGCGUUAUGCGAUAAUUUUAAUCCCCCAGCGUCAUCUUUCUCGCGUACACGACGGGAAGCUCGAAGCUUCCAAGCUCCAAGGGCGUUCUCGGCGGAGCAACCCUCUGUCGCGAGCGAUCUGUCCAGAGAACGCGAUUCGAAACCACGGUGCAAAUUGAAGGUCCCGGAGAAGGCGGAGGCCGAACGGGGUGCAAUCGUCGCCGCAAAGAAUUCGUUAUGCGAGCCUCCCGGUGGAUGGCAAAGCCGAAUCGAUAACUCGCCACGGCCGAAAUCCCACAAAGAGAGGCGAAGGGGUCCUUUCUGGUAAAGCGUGUAGAGAGGCGGCACGGGAUGCCAGAAGAGUCCAAUUUUGAUGAGAUAACCAACCCUCUCGUGGCACAUAUUACCGCGCGCGCGAGCCAAAGCGGGACGGUAGGACAGAGGCAUGUGCACACAGACACGCAUGGGGGACAGAAAGAGCCCUGGCUCGCCAGGAGAGGGAGAAAAAAAACCUCUUCCAAGCGGAGGCAAAUCUCUUCUUUGGGACGCGGCCAUGCGAAAUAAGCCAAACGUUCUGAAUGCUAACGUAGAUGCGACAGCGGACCUGUAUACGCGCUAUAUACUCGCUCCACUCCCACCCGCCCCACCGCCCCGUCCACCCACUCGCGAGAUGAUUUCAUCGCGUCGCGGUGCCCGGCGUCGCGCAUCGAUACUGCAACUAUCCGAUAUUUUCCCGUUUCUUUAUUUUACCCCCGUUUCCCUUCUUGUUAUCGUAUCUCCCUCCCUUGUAAUAGCUUGCGCGGACACGCAAGGAUUACGAAAGGGAGCAAUGCGAAUUUGCCGAGCGUGGAUCGGAAUCUGCGAAUGUCAACGUUUGUGAUACACGAGUUAUUGCUUUUCGCGUGUUAAUUGCGACGGAGAUCGUUGUUUUUAACCCCCUCGCUGUGUCGAUUUUGAUCGAUCAUAGUUUCAAGUUUGCGUUGUCGUUACAAUGGCUUUUGUUAUGGUUGGAACAACAGGUAAAGAACUUUCCAUCUCUUAAAAAAGGUCAGCAUCGUGACAGCUUCGAAGGAUUUGUAUCGUUACGUUUGCUCCAGUCCGUUUCUGUUUCGAGAAUUGUUUGUUAAGCGAGAAAGCGUGCCAUCGGUUUAGCGUUAAUUAUCGACUAUUUACAAGUUAUUCACCCUUCGUUAUUCGACAAUUUUACCAAGACAAGAAUUUUCCCCAUCUCUACACUCGCGCAGGUCGUAAUUCGCAGCUGCGAGACCUUCGAAUAAUCGGCCAACGGUAAUAGACCGUUCAAUUCAAGCAAAUUGUUUGCAUUCUGCCUGGGAAUUGUUGCAUUCAUUCCGAACACGGCCAGCGUCCUCGCAUUUUUAUCGGAACGCGAUUUUUCGGAAUCGAUGCGCACCCCGUAUUUCCGAAAUUUUUCAACGGCCGUAGCCCGCAUAUUUUCGAUCGAUAUUUCGGCGUCGACGUUCGACGAAUCGACACACGGUUGUCAAACAGAUCGGAAUUGGAGGCUAAUUUCCCACGGACACCUUCGCUAUAGAGAAAUGUAUACUAAAUCGUAACGAUCGUAGGAAAUCGGCGCAUCCCGUUGCACCGUUUAUACGAACGGGAUCGCACGAAUGAUUAUAAUGUAACGCAUAUCUAAGAGAUAGAAACAUAUCUUUCCAAUAUUUACGUAAGCUCCUCGGCCACCGUUCUUGCCGUAAACGAAAACAAAUAAAUGAAGAUAGUAGCGAUCGUAUAAUUCGUCGAGUUUUCCAAUAAUCUUGGAACCCCUCCCCCCCCCCCCUUUGAAGCGACAUACGCGUAAUUAAUUGUUAAUUAUUGCUGUAAUAUAACGCGACGUUUGUAAAUAAAUUGAAACUUAA